AUGUUUUUUCUGUCGUUAACUGGUCGCUUCGACCUUGUUACCACAACCAUUGAGGAAAAGACUGUUCUGCUGUACACCCAAGUGGUGUUCAUUGGCAAUAUACAAGGAGGCAUCAACAAACCGGGCGAUGUUCGCAGCGUAAUUCACCUCUGGCUCUCUGAUGGGACUCGGACCUUGGACAUUGGGCCAAUAUCUGCUGAUGAUGCAGGAUUAUCCUUCAGCACGCUGUUGCACGCAAAAGGUGAGUUGUUUGCCCUUUACUCGAAGGAAGGUGAGCGUGGAGGGCUAGGCAGUCUUGUUUUUAAGCCUCUCACGGAGCAGCUGCGGCACAUCAAGACCGUAUUGAGUAAAUGGAAGGAAGUGGAUGACAGGGUCUCAAAGCUUUGCGGCUCCACUACCACCGCUGCAAUGAAGGAUGGCGCAGAAGGUGCCGGCUGUGUCGGUCCUCUGCCAACGGUCGGGCUGGUUGGAUUUUUGUCUAACAAUGCCAACACCACUCACUGGAAUGACGAGUACUUUGGGGUGAACGCCACGGUGUCUACGGGGAUGACGAAGGUUGAGAAUGGCUUUCAGCUGGCAGGGCGUGGUGCACGGAUUGCGUGGCCAGUUGGCAGACAAGGGCCCAAUUCAGUGCGCAGUUAUGUGGGUGAGGAGCUGACGCUUGUGGCGACGGUGACCAUUGACAAGGUUCCAGAGUGCGCCACUCCGUUGCUGGGCGUGAGCAUGCAUGGUUUUCCAGCCGGGAAACAUCUCGUGCUGUGGUACGACGAGCGUCAACACUGGAAGACGAGGCUCGGGGAAGAAGGGAAUGCAUCAGAGGUUGCCUGGGAGGUGGGGACGGCAUACCGAGUGGCGCUCACGGUGCAGGAAGGCGGCGGCUCGGCGUACGUUGACGGGCAGCUUGUGGGGAGUUUGGAGGCGAAUCGUCCAUCUGAUUCGUUACGUCCGCCUCCGCCACCGCCUCCGCCUGUGCCUGGAAAGGUUGGGCCGAGAAUACGAUCUGAACUGGUCUCAGACAUCGUCUUUGGGGGUUACGAUGAAGACACCGAGAAAGACGCGGAGAGCCACGUGACGGUGACGAACGUCUUGCUGUACAAUCGCUGCUUCAACGGCAGUGAGAUUGAGGCACUGAUGAGGAGGAAAGAGAGCGGGGCGGCGACGGAAGUGGAACAACUGCCCCCGCCCACUGCAUCCCCCGGCACUGACCAGACGGGCUUAAUGCACGGCACGACUGACAGUUCCGCAGGAGAAGAUGCUGGACCACGCGAUGCACCGGCGCCAGGCCCGAGCAACGCCUCCGCCCCACAUGCCAAGAGGGUUUCGGAGGCAGCGCCAAAGGAGGUUGGUGGCGGCGACGGCUCUGUGCGUGGGCAUCUGUCUGGGGCGUUGUUGCCGCUGCUUCUGCUGCUUGGGCUGUGGGGCUUCUCCGCGCUUUUCUGA